AGAAAACCACGAGGACUUAAUGGUAACAAUGAAAAGCCCCAAAUCCUAAUUUCUCUCUAUAUUACAAUGGGGGUUUGAGUCUUCACUAAAACCCUCCCUGCGCGUAUCCUCUAGCUCCAGCUCUCAUGGCGUUUGGCAAUCUGCCUGCUAUGAAAUGAGCUUCUGGAUUCGGCUUUUAGCUUCCCACUUGAUUUACAGUUAUCUCUUUAAAUUACUUUUACCGUAGACCAAUAUUUUUACCAAACUGAAGAGAGAAGAAAAGCAAACCUAAAUUUUCACCGGCGAACCAGUUAAAGUUGGAGGAUAUUAAUUUUUUCAGGGACAACAAUGGGUUACCAAUUAAUCGAGUGGGAGCAAGGCUGGGACUAUAUACAGCAGGGGAUCGCAAAGAUGAACAGGAUUGUACAAGGAUCAUCAGAACCUCAGUUCACCUCAGAAGAAUAUAUGAAGCUUUACACAACUAUCUAUAACAUGUCUAUUCAACAACCUCCUCAUAAUUAUUCUCGGCAGCUUUAUGAAAAGUAUCGGGAGACAAUUGAGGAAUACAUUUCUUCAACAGUGCUUCCCUCUUUACAGGAGAAGCAUCAUGAGUUUAUGUUGCAGGAGUUUGUCAGAAGUUGGGGAAAUUAUAAAGUUAUGUUUAGGUGGCUGUCACACUUCUUUCGUUUUUCUGAUGACCACUGCAUCACUCGGAAUCAGACAUCACUUCCUGGGCCGAAUGAAGUUGCACUUAAUUGCUUCCGUAAUUUGGUUUAUCAGAAGGUAAAUGCUGAUGUGAGAUAUUAUGUACUUGGCCUUAUUGAUAAAGAACGCGAAGGAGAGAAAAUUGACAGAGCACUACUGAAGAAUGUGAUAAAUAUAUAUGUUGAAAUUGGAAUGGGAGAAUUGGAUGUGUAUGAAAAGGACUUCGAAGAAUACAUGCUCAUUCAGACUCGCGAGUACUAUUGCCACAAAACAUCAAGUUGGAUUUUGGAGUACUCUUAUACGGAUUACAUGUUGAAGGCAGAAGAAUGCUUGAGAAGGGAGAGGGAUAGAGUUUCUUAUUACCUGCUUCCAAGCAGUGAGAAGAAGCUAAUGGAGACAGUGAAACAUUGGUUGGUAGUGAUUCAUGCAAAUCAAUUGAUUGAGAAGAAACAUUCUGAAUCUGGAUGUGCUUUGCUUACAAUUGAAAAUUUGGAGGAGCUUUCUGGGAGAUUUAUUGCUAGUGUGGCACUGGAACAGCAAGUUCCUGCUGAAGGUUCGACUAUUGUUCAACAGGCUGAAGAUGCUGCAAUGAUUGAGGAGUGAGAUGAGUCGCACUACAACAAUUGAACGAUAAAAAAUGGUCUCCUGCUGAAUCUGCAGGGUUCUUUUUAAGCAUCAUCUGGCUAUCAGAAUUUAUGUUACUGAGGCCUCGUUUGGUCUCUAGGAUUGGGUUGAAAUGUAUAACCGCACUGGACUGAAGGUAUGUUGAAGGACGAAAUGAAAAAAUUGUAUUCAACUUGGAGGCAGAAGGUGGAUUACUCAUUGCCUCUACCUUUGUUGUAUCUUGAAUUUUAUGAGUUAUUCAAUCCAUUCCAUUUCUAGGCA